AUGGGCUCCAGACAUCAUCCAGAUCUGAUCAUGUGCCGCAAGCAACCAGGAAUUGCUAUAGGAAGGUUAUGCGAUAAGUGUGAUGGCAAAUGUCCUAUCUGCGACUCAUAUGUAAGACCUCACCUAUUGGUUAGAAUUUGUGACGAGUGCAAUUAUGGAGUAAAUCAGGGAAGAUGUGUGAUUUGCGGUGGUCAGGGUAUAUCGGACGCUUAUUACUGCAAGGAAUGUUGUCAAUGUGAAAAGGAUAGAGAUGGCUGCCCAAAAAUUGUCAACCUUGGAAGUGCAAAAACGGAUCUAUUCUACGAACGAAAGAAAUAUGGACAGGCCAAAACAAUGUUAUAA